AUGCAAUAUCUCCUAGUAGCUUUAUCAUUAUUUAUAUCACUUUCUUCAGCAAACUUAUUUGAUUUUUUAAAUAAUUUCAACCAUGGUGGUGGCGGUAGACAACAACAACAAGGUGCUAGAAAUCCUCAAGAAUAUGAAAAUCGUAUAUUAAACUCUCAAUGUGACCAAUACUUGUGUCCUGACACUGGCUUAUGUGUUGAAUCACCUAAAUUUUGUCCUUGUCCAUAUCCUUCAUCCCAAAUUAGAUGCUUUUUACCAGAUGGAAGAUUUGUAUGCAUUUCAAAACCAGCAGGCGAAGGUAUUUCAGAUAAAUACAAUGAUCCAAAGACAAAUUGGAAGAUCGAUGCCAAAGAUGACAAUAUUCGAGACUGUGGUUGGGUUAAUAGAGCUUGGAGAGGUUUGGUAUAG